AUGGACGCUUCUUUCCCAUUUAUUCACACCCCAUUCCCUCCCCAGUUAUUCACGCAGUCCUCUCACUCUAAACCCAACCUCCAAUUCAAUGUAAACGUUGUUCGUCAUCUCCAUAGCUCUAUCGUAUCCACCGCUGAGAAUUGCUUCACAUUCUUAGACACAUUCGCUUCCCCAAACCCACUUCUCGACAAAAUCUUCCAUUUCUUCUCCUCCCAUUUCCACAAUUUCUCCCAGUGUGCUCUUGGAUUCGGAUUAGAUUCCACAAACAAUGACUAUAAAGUGGUUAGAAUUGUUUACCUCUAUGAUAGCAUUGUUGAGAUUGACAUUUAUUCGCUUAAGGAGGGAUGUUGGAGAAACCUUAGUGUUUCUGGUCCCGUACUCCCUCUCUGUUGUGAUUCAUCUCAAGUUUCUCUCAAUGGGACUAUCCAUUGGCUUUCCGGAGGUGGUAAUUUUCCUGGCCCGUUCAUUGUGACAUUCAAUUUGGGUACUCAGGUAUUCUCUUUGAUGGAGCUACCAAGGAGUCUAGUUUAUAAAAAGGCACCACGUAGGUUGUCUAUUGCAGUGUUUCAAGACUCACUUUUUGUGUUCGAGAAUGAUUAUUAUGGCAAAGUAUCAAUCUGGAUGAUGAAACAGUAUGGUGCUGUGGAGUCGUGGACCAAUCUGUUUGGUCUUGAUUUUGAUAGAGAAGGUUCUGUGAAAGUUAUUGGCUGGAAGAGGAAUGGUGAAGUUCUUUUGACUAAAGAUGAGGAGAUGGUUUCAGUUGACAUUAAGACUCAAGAGUUCAAGAAUGUUGGGAUGCGUGGAUAUGAUGAGCCAUUUUGUGUCAAUGUUUACACAGAGAGCUUAGUGUUAAUUGACAAAGUACAUGGAGGCUUCGGUGAGCAAGCACGCUCUUCUCUGUUGCAGGCACCAAGAACAGAGUUGGAGGAACCAAGAAAAUUAUAA